GAGCACAAGCGCACGUGGAGGGAUGCGUCGUCUGUCGGACCUCCUCCUUCCUCCUCGCAACCACCACUACCCUGCGGACCUAUAUAUUUCCCGGAGGGUCUCCCACUUUCGCCACUAUCAUUCCUGUCGCGGCUGCGCCAGCCCGUGACCGCGCAAACGUGAGUCCGCUCUCUUCGGCUUUCCUCUUCGAGUUUCCUCGCCGGCAGAUUACGCGCGCACACCUGCCUCCUUACGCGUCCUGCGGCUCGCUUCGGUUUUCCCGCCGGAUUUUUACGCGACCGGCGAUCUAUAUCUCGCGGGCCAGAUCGCACAGUGGUGUACCAGCGAGCAGCCGUCGAUCUCCGUUCCGAUCCGACCCGAUCCGUCAACGGGGAUCCUCGCGGGGUCGCGAGGGCUCGAUCCAGGAGUUCGUUGCUUCGACGAGUUCUCCGGAGAGGACCGCGUGAAUUUUCCGAGUUCGCCGGACUGUUCACGGACGACGUGCUACUUGGGAAAUGUGUGCCACGUGCAGAGACCCUGCCAGUCCACCUGCUGCUCCGACCGAAUGGGAUUAGAUGAGGCACGACGGAUGGCCUGAGCCUCGGAGCAACUCUUCAUGGAUCGUUCACGAAAAUCGUGCAACGGCCGGCGGUCGCGGACCGGCGACUAUGUGCGGCGCCGGGACAACGCGCCGCGACGACUCGGCAUCGCCCUGAAGAACCUCGGAUCGAUCCUCGCUUUGACAAUGCUCACCGCGGCCACCGUCUCCGGGACCCACGUGCCCGACAAGUAUCCCAUCGAGGUAUAUCACAUGCUGCGGGAGAAGACCCAAUUCGGUCUAGGUCGGGACAAUCAAAUCAGGGGCACCUGGGGAACCUGGAGUCCCUGGAGCGAGUGUUCGAGAACCUGUGGCACAGGCAUCCAAUCGCAGUCGCGCGAAUGCGUGUCUUAUCAGAGGCCGGUGAGGAAGAGGAGCAUCAUCUCGGGGAACGGGAAGAGCAGCUCGCGGCCUAUCUGCAUCGGCACGUACAAGCGAUACCACACGUGCAACACGCAGAAAUGCCCGAACUUCCCGGAGGAUUUGCGGGCCGAACAAUGUGCCAAGUACAACGGAAGAAACUACAAGGGCGAGAGCUACGAUUGGGUUCCGUUCCUGGACGCACAUAACUCCUGCGCGCUGAACUGUCGAGCCGUCGGCGAGCGUUUUUACGCAACGCUUGAACCGGUAGUAACGGACGGCACACCCUGCGACGCUCCGAAUCUUCGUGGACGUAAUACGGGAAUUUCUAUGGAGCGGACAGACCGAUGGCUCUGUGUCGCCGGACAAUGCAAGCCCGUAGGCUGCGACGGUGUGGUAGGUUCCGGCGUGACGAUGGACGCUUGUGGUGUCUGCGGUGGUCAGGGUAAAGGUUGUCGUCUGUACGAGGGCAUUUUUAUGGAGCCGAUCCUGCCGAGAGGUCAUAAACCCGUGACCACCAUACCGAAGGGAGCCAUGUCUCUCAACAUCUCCGAACUUCGGUUCAGUAGCAAUUUCUUAGCGUUGAGAGACAGCAACGGUAGUUACAUCCUGAAUGGGCCGUUGGCAUACAGUCCGAGCGGCACUUAUAAAGCGGCUGGCACGACAUUAACAUACCAGAGGGGUGACAGAAGCCGCGUCGAGUGCAUCUUGGCAACCGGGCCGCUCAACGAUUCCUUGCAUUUAGAGAUCCUGGCGCAGGAAAUGAACCCCGGAGUGCUUUACAAGUACAUGUUGCCGUUAAAGGAGACGCCGAACAGGAGGGCGAUGAUUGCGCCGCCCCUCCUCGCGACAGGAUCGAUCGAUCGUGGCAACGAAAUACCUGAUUCGGAUGCUCGCGUCGCCCCGACGAUACCCGCGACCAGAAUAUCCGAUCAGAGAGUCGAUUUAUCAGCGACGGGACACGAGCAUCGGCGACCGCGGCCGCGUGACAGACCGCGGAAGGAAGAGAUGAAGCGCCAGCCGACCACCGCGAUGGCCGGCGAUCAACCAAAGUCCAAGGCCAAAAAGAAGAGACGGUUGAAGUUCGCCUGGAAGGUGGCUGGACUGACCCCGUGCUCGAAGGAAUGCGGCAGAGGCGUCCAAACGGCACUGUUCAAAUGCGUCCGCGAGUCGAACCAGCAGUUCGUGAACGAGCACCACUGCCGAAACGUGGGAAAGCCACUGUCACCCCCGGUCUACUGCAACGACUACCCUUGCCGACCCAGGUGGCGGCCGGAACCGUGGAGCGAGUGCUCGGUCAGCUGCGGGACCGGCACCAGGACACGAAAAUUGGAGUGCAUGCAGGAACUGAAUGGGAACCUGACGGUAAGAGUGAUCGCAGGUGCGUGCGAUCAACCGCCGGACCUGAUCACCGUCGAGACCUGUACGAAUCCGGCGUGCACCGUUGGCCCCGAAUUGAGGCACAUGCACUCGGACGUGCCCAGAUGGGACGUGGGCCCUUGGGCGCCGUGUUCCACGACCUGCGGGCCAGGGGUCAAGAAUCGAACGGUGACCUGCAUCACAUCGGGCAUGGCCUGUCCCCUGUUCGACAAACCCGAGUCCGAAAAAAUCUGCGAUUCCGGACCCUGCGUCCGAAACGGCGCGGAGCAGCGAUCGCCGUGGUUGCACAGCGAUUGGUCGUCCAAGUGCUCCUCGGAGUGUGGCAGGGGAGUGGAGACGCGGCAAGUGGCCUGCGCGGAUGGCAGCGAGCUGUUUUGCAAUCCCAAAGAGAGACCGGAAACUGAACGGCAGUGCUUCGGAAGAGGCGCCAGCUGCGACAGCGCCAAGUGGUUCACUGGCCCAUGGACAUUCUGUUCGGUGUCAUGCGGAGUGGGUGUCCAGUACCGGGACGUCCUUUGCGCCGCGAGGACGAACAACGAAUUCGUCGUGUUGCCGGCGAGCAACUGCAGCGACUCGAGGCCGUCGAACGAGCAAGUGUGCAGAACAGCGUCCGCCUGUCCGCCGGAAUGGUUCACCUCGGACUGGUCGAAGUGUUCGGUGACUUGCGGGACCGGCGUGCAAACCAGACUGGUUCGCUGCAUCCUCGAGGGUGUCGCCGACACCAACUGCUUGGAAGCUGGCAGACCGAUGGACAGACAACAGUGCAGCUUGGAUCCUUGCACGGAGGACCCGCCCGCGAUCAGCAGACCACCGAAAAAAGCCUUCGAGACUACGUCCCAGUGCGUCGACAAGUACCAGACCUGCAACGUGAUAGUGAAGUACGGCCUGUGCCGGAUCAAGUAUUACAAGCAUUCUUGCUGCCGAUGCCGCGAUUAACUCUCCGAUCGCCAUCAUUUCCGGCGGAUCCAUCCUUCCACGGUUUCCGAACCGUUUCUUCGUCGUUCGACUAAGCUCUUAGCGCACCUUCUUAGCAAAUGUAACGCCGACCGUCGAUCGAAACGGAGGAAGCCGAACGCCAAGAGCGCUGCGAAGCGAUACGACUGUAUUAUUUUAUUUAACACGGCCCCGUCCGCUCUGCGGAGACGAGGGAAUGGCUCUCGAUCUUAACCCUGAAAUGGUACCCUGUUCGCUCGCAUCAUCUGGUUCUGAGUCGGAGUCAACGUUAAUUUGUGCGUGAACAAUUACCUCCGUCAGUAGUAGAUUGCGGAUUUUUAUGCGAAAUAAAAGCUAAGUUGAUUGCAAGCAACGCAAAUUAGAUGGAAAUGGCUUACCUUUUCUAUUAAUUGCGUUAAAUUGUACAUAUUGUAACGGUAGUCUUAAAAAUUCGCCUAACGUAGUUACAGUUUUUUAUUUGAUCUAUCCAUUUUUGUCACAAACGCAUCAAAUCCACGGUCUAGUCGUAAGGAAGCGUAAUCGAUGAUGAUGCGUCGUUUGAAACAGGGGGAACGAUUUGGACCGCAGAGGGCAGAGUUCAAAGGUUCGAAGAAAAUUGCAGAAACUCUACAGGAUGUUCCAUGAUUGUGUUAACACCUGGAAAGAGGCGAUUCCUGAGGUCAUUUCGAGUAAUUUUUCCCUUAGCGAAAAUGCAAUC